AUGGUCAAACCACUAUCCUUUAAAGGCGAUAAAAAGUCAAAAAAGAGAAAACGACAGCAUGAUGACAACGAAGGAAAAACAAUAGCCGAACCCUCCAAGCCAACCGCUACGGACUUUGAAGCAACAGCUGAUGAGGACGGUCAGAAUUGGGUCUCUGCCAAUGCUCCAGCUGAUAUAGCAGGGCCCGUUUUGAUUGUAUUACCGUCGACCCCACCAUCCUGCAUUGCAUGUGAUGUCAAUGGCAAAGUAUUUGCCAGCGAGUUGGAGAAUAUAGUAGAGGGAAAUCCAAGUACGGCAGAACCACAUGAUGUUCGACAGGUAUGGGUAGCAACAAAGGUUGUAGGGAGUGAAGGGAUUAGCUUUAAAGGCCAUCAUGGAAGAUAUCUUAGUUGCGAUAAAUAUGGCAUUCUAACUGCCAAUUCAUCUGCUAUUUCAGCUCUCGAGUCCUUCAUCCCAAUAAAUUGUCCAGAUUCCCCCGGAAUGAUAUCUCUUCAAAUAUGCGGUGGUGAUAUGGAAGCAUAUAUUUCCUCCAAAGAGCCUCCUCCCGCCUCGACUUCAUCUAGAACAUCUAUCGAAAUUCGCGGGGAUGCAACUGAGAUCUCAUUUAACACUUCCUUCCGCGUCAGAAUGCAAGCUCGUUUUAAACCGAAAACAAAAUCUGCAGCCGCAAAAGAAAGCAAAGCAUUGGAAAAGAUUAGUCGGAAAGAAUUAGAAGAAGCUGUAGGUAGGAGAUUAAAUGACGACGAAGUGAAGAGAUUGAGAAGAGCACGAAGAGAGGGGAAUUAUCACGAAGAAAUUCUCGAUGUUAGGGUUAAAGGAAAACACGAUAAGUUCGCUUGA